AUGAUGUUGGGUUUCCCUUCUCUCAUGUAUUAUAUGUGGGUAUGUCUUGAAUUCCAUCAAGGUAAAAUCAUCACCCCCUCUUCUUUCACCAAAGAAGGUAUCACUCAAUUCGUCAUGGAGGAAAUCAUCGCUAAGGUCAAGUUGGGUGCUAUGCCCACUGUCGCCGCUGCUAAAAUUUACUUGGGUUUCGUCGCUUAUUCUGCUGUCAUGGCUUAUAUUAUGCCCGGCCCUGUUAUCAAUGGUCUUCCCCUUCCUUCUUUAAAUGGUGGAAAGCUCAAGUACCUCUGUAACGGUUUAUCUUCUUGGUAUGCAACCCUUGUUCUCUCUGCCGUGCUUCACGUCACAGGUAUCUUCCGUUUGACUUCCAUUAUUGAAAAUUUUGGUGGUAUCAUGAGUGUUGCCAUCAUCUGGGGUUUCACCUUGACCGCAUUAGUAAACGGUAUCGCUGUCUUGAUGGGUAAGCAACAUCGUAUGUCUGGUAAUGUCAUCUAUGACUUUUUCAUGGGUGUUUGUUUAAAUCCUCGUAUUGGUAAAUUGGAUCUUAAAAUGUGGGCAGAAACACGUGUUCCCUGGCCUGUUCUUUUCUUCACCUCUGUUUCUUGUGCCUUGAAGCAGUAUGAAUUACGUGGUUAUAUCAGUGGACCUGUUGCCUUUAUGGUGCUUGCUCACUUCUUGUACUGUAACGCUUGUCAAAAGGGUGAAGAAUGUAUUCCUACUUCUUGGGAUAUCUUUUAUGAAAAGGAUGGCUUCAUGCUUAUUUUCUGGAAUAUGGCCGGUGUCCCAUUCACCUACUGUUAUUCUUCCAUCUAUUUGAUGAAGUAUGAAUUGACCACUGGUGUCACUAUUCAACACUCUUGGGCUUACACUGUCGGACUUUUCAUCACCCUUCUUUUCGCCUACUAUAUCUUUGAUACUGGUAACUCCCAAAAGAACCGUUUCCGUAUGGAACAAAAUGGAUCAUUUGUUACUCGUGCCGCUUUCCCUCAACUUCCCUAUGGUCACAUCAAGAACCCUACCUAUAUCAAGACUGAGCAUGGUAACUUACUUUUGACCUCUGGAUGGUGGGGUGUUGUUCGUAAGCCUCAUUAUACUGCUGAUUUAAUCCAAUCCCUUUCUUGGGGUUUGAUCACCGGUGCUGGUUCUUUCUUGCCUUACUUUUAUUUCUGUUUCUUCCUCUGUGUCUUGACUCAUCGUGUCUCCAGAGAUAUGGAACGUUGUGCCAAGAAGUACGGUAAAGACUGGGACAAGUACUGUGAGAAGGUUCCUUACAUCUUUGUUCCCUAUGUCUUUUAA